AUGUGCCACUUUCAGGUCUCCUCACACUGCUGGUGUGUUGAAUUUUUUGACAUAGGGUGCUGGCAGAUUACGGGCCUCCCAUAGCUGCUGCCAGGCCCCUAAUCUGCCAUGGGCCCCUAUAUACCGCCUCCUCAUGCUGCUGCCAGGUCCAGAGUCUGUCAUGGGGUCCCUGUACGGCCUCCCAUUGCUGCUGUCUCCAUCGCCACACUCUGCCAUGUGCCACUUUCAGGUCUCCUCACACUGCUGGUGUGUUGAAUUUUUUGACAUAGGGUGCGUAUGGCCCCCCAUUGCUGCUGCCUCACCGCCAAAACUGUGGCUCCACACUCUGGUUUUGGCCCCAUACGCCCAAAUGAUGAAGUGGGGGUGAUUCAAGAUCAGGGCACCAUCUGCAUGUCAUAACUG